AGCCAGCUUAUUAUCUACACUCAUUUUCAGUUAUCUUACAUAAAACACAAUCCCAAACCAUGAGUUUUCCCAGAACUAACAGCAGGAAAUCGCCGUUAAAAAGAAAGCGACUUAGACCAUGUCAUCUUGACUAUGCUAACGAACGCCUAUGGGAACACAGUUACUUGAGGGAAAAAUGCAAGGAGCUAAAUUUGGAGGAGGAGUAUAGGUACUACCAGGUCCGUCUGAUGGUCAGCAACCUCACAAUUUUUUACGUAUUGUUUAUAAUUCUGGCCAUGAGCUUUUUGACAAUCGAGUUGCUUUACGUACAGCACUAUAACGCCGUAUUCUUUAACUUCGUUAUCAGAGUAGUAAGCACUAUCCUGGUUUUAACCGUGUUGAGCAUCAAUUUUUGCGAAAAAUUUGUCAGUCGCCACCGAUGGGUCAUGAUAGCCAGCUCAGUGCUAUCGGUAUAUCUAGUGGUACUCACAGAUAUUGUUAUGAUCUCGUAUCACUUUUACAAGAACGACUGGCCCCUUAAUACCUCAUUCGAUGUCUUCACACUCUGCAUGAUCUACAUGUUCCUGCCAAUUCCCUCGAUCAAGGGAGCUGCCCUUUUGGCAUCCUCAGUCAGUCUUAUAUAUGUGGCAUUUUUUAUGCACUCGCUCACUUUUAACGCGGUGUACACUGAUCGCGAUAGUUUCGGCUACGAUGUGAUAUCCACUGAUAUAUUACACAACCUGGGUUUUAACAUGAUGGGCAUCUUUUUCCGCAUUAUGAACGACACCAUGGUGCGCGCAUCCUUCUUGGACCGCCAUCAGUUCAUCAUGGAGGAGACUUGGUUGCGUCAUGCCUUGCUACAGGAAUCGAUACUCUUGGACAGCAUACUACCGCCUCAAAUUGCGAAACCCGUUCAGGAAAAAAUCAAGAGCAAAAUAACCCAGUCCGAGAACAGCCCCGACCGCUUUCAAAUGGGUCCGCGAACGACAGAAUCCUUCAUGGCCAUACAAAUUCAUCCUGAUGUCUCUAUCCUGUAUGCAGACGUGGUGAACUACACUCACUUGACAACGACAUUGACCGUGGGAAACCUGGUGAAGGUCCUGCACGACCUCUACGGCAGAUUCGAUAUCGCUGCCUCCAACUUCAAAGUGCAGCGCAUCAAGUUCCUGGGAGAUUGCUACUACUGUGUGGCGGGUUUGACUACUCCGGAUCCAGAUCACGCGAAGUGUUGCGUGUCUUUGGGCAUAUCCAUGAUUUCCAACAUCCAGGAAGUUCGGGCUGAACGUGGAUUGGAUAUCGACAUGCGCAUAGGUGUUCAUUCGGGCUCUCUUCUCGCUGGCAUCAUCGGCGAGGCCAAGCUGCAAUUUGACAUAUGGGGUACUCUUGGCUAGUAAGAAGUAAUUCAUUUGAUACAAUUUGAUCGAUAUCUUUGUCAGGAACGGACGUGGAGAUCGCCAAUCAUCUGGAGUCUACUGGGGAACCAGGUUACGUUCACGUAAGUGGACGCACCCUAAGUAUGCUAAAUCCAGCGGAUUAUACUAUAUUAAGUGGUACGCAAAAGGCUCAAAGCGAUCCAGUGUUGCAGUACAUACACACCUAUCUACUUACUGGCCAAGUGGCCCGCGAGUCAUUUAUAACUUCGAUUGGUGGAGUUAGAUCCAGUUCCGUUCUUGAAGUAAAGUCCAUCGAUCGGAUCCGGUCAAGCAGGCCAAGUCAAUCAUCAAUGACCGAUGAGUUCCGAGAAGAGUUCCGGAAUAUGCCAGUUGGUGGCAUUAACUUAAACUCACCCUGCUGCCGACGAACUAGAUUGGACACUCAUAAGAAAACCCAGCGGGAGAUUGGCAUUUUUUGUGCGGCGUUCAAGGACUCUUCCCUGGAAUGGAACUACCUGCACCAGCCGGACUUCAUCUUCAAGUCCUCAAUGCUGCUGGCCUGGGGAAUCGGGUGCUGCUUGAUCUAUAUCCAGAUAGUGACCAACAACUUUUCGUGCACUGCAUGCAUUGUGGUCGACUUGGUAACUUUCUUCUUUCUGACUUCCUUGCUGUGCCUCGCGUGGUACAAAAACGUUUGUUGGUGGAAAAGUGGGCGCUACGAGUUCAGAAUCUAUGGAAAAUACAGCUGCAUGGCGUUUCAUAUUUUUGAAAAGAUCCAACACAGUGUGUCCCUGCGCAUUACUGUCUAUCUGGGGAUCUUAUUUUCCUACUAUGCUGUGAUUUCCCUGAUAAUGUUAAACUGUGACCGCGACAUGUAUGAGUUGAGUUACAUUGAGAGCAAGAUCUAUCACUACGAAAUGGAUCGGGAUACAUGUUUCCAUCCCUGGGUCUUCACAAACAUGAUUUCCCUGAUCCUGGGCAUAAGCUACACCUUCGCCCGAAUUCCAUUUGGCCUCAAGAUAGUGAUCAGCUGCUGCGAGACACUUGCCUACUUGUUAAUCGUAUUCUUCCAGUUCGCAUUCAUUUUCCAGCACAGUGCCACCACAACUCCCUUUAUGAAGGCGGAACUAGCUCAUUGUCUUCGAGUGUGCAUGAUGUUACUCACGAUGUACGCAAAGGAGCGUCAGUCAGAAUUUAAUACUAAAAUGAACUAUAAGCUUAAUGUGGACUUGCAAAACAAGCAAAAAGCGGCAGAUUUAACAAACCAAUCCAUCAUAAUCCUGCUCAAUAACAUACUCCCUUCUCAUGUUGUUGACCUCUAUCUCAAUUCAUUGGCCAAACACGAGCUCUACUAUGAAAACUAUCGAAUGGUAUCAGUCAUGUUUGCCAUGCUCAUCAAUUUUCCCAUGAACUUGCCAAGCCUCCGGGUGCUUAACGAUAUCAUAACACAGUUCGAUAGACUGUUGACUGCUUACAGGGAAUAUUACGUAGUCGAGAAGAUCAAAGUCGUGGGCUGCACUUAUAUGGCGGCCUGUGGAUUGGACUUUAACCUGGCGUCAAACAUCCGCCAAACGGACCACUUUCGCAAUAGUUCCCUACAUGUUGAGGUGGAACACGCACGUAAUCAUCGUAUGACCGACGAAAACUACGACAGCGAUAUGAACAAUGAUGAAGUGGUCUUCAUAAUGACCACCUUCGCCCUGGACCUGAUGCGAACUCUAGCAGCAUGCAACCGGGCGUACUCAAGCUCAUUUUUCGAGCGGUCCUUGUCCCAGGGGAAGAUCUGCAUCGGUAUCUCCAGCGGUGAGAUAAUGGCCGGCGUGGUGGGAGCUUCUCAGCCGCACUACGACAUAUGGGGAAACCCUGUGAAUAUGGCUUCUCGAAUGGAAUCGACAGGGCUGCCUGGACACAUCCAGGUGACGGAGGAGUCAGCGAAAAUUCUUCAGGAGUUUGACAUUAAAUGUAUAUACCGCGGCAUGACCUUCGUGAAGGGUCGUGGUGACAUACCCACCUAUUUUGUGGGCAUUGACGAGAACCUUAAAUUUAUGUCCGCAAAAUUGGUAAAUCGUAGUUUGUCAAGACGUUUCUCAGUUAUGUCUUCACUAGAUCCGGAUAGCCUUAGGAAGAGUUCGUCUAGUGAUCAAGAAUCUGGCGAAUAACUUGGUAUAUUUUUUCAAACAUUUCCGAAAAAAAAUAUAUAUUUUUGAUAUGU